UGGAUAUGGAUAUGGAUAUGCCUCACGGAACCAUCGUCUUCUCCACCGUCGGCCGACCCAACUACGGCUUCGAUGUCUUCUCCACUCCAUUACCGCUUAAUCUCCACCAUUUUUCAACCUCUCCUCCCUCCGAACACCGCCUCACUGACGGUGUUUCCGUUAAUUUCAACGCUCAGUUCGUUGGACCCGACGAUGACCUCCAUCGCUUAGUAUAUGUUUCCGAGAGAAAUGGAUUGCCCCAAAUUUAUCUAGGUUCAGAUCUUUUACCCUCUGCACCUGCAAGUCUUUUCCAUGACCGUCCCAUCGUUAAAGACGGACGUCUUUACUUCAUAUCAGCUCACCAGCCCACCGAUGCACCUUUUCAAAGCUGGUCUGCCCUUUACACCCUCCAAUUGGACGACGCCACUACCCUCUCUCGCUUGACACCUUACGGUUGUGUUGACUACAGUCCCUCUCUUUCUCAAUCCGGGGACCUCGUCGCCGUCGCUUCUUAUGGUUCUCGCCCUUGGCCCGGUGAAUUUCACGAUCUCAAAACGGAUAUCGUUGUUUUCCGUCUAUCAGACUCCUCAAACCGAUUCCUCUUAUGUUCACAUGGUGGUUGGCCUACCUGGUCAGGCGACUCUACAAUUUACUUCCACCGGCAAGCCGACGAUGGUUGGUGGAGCAUUUUCAGGCUUGAUUUACCCUCCAAUUUCGAUCUAUCCGCCACUCCUCCUGCUCCUCGACGUGUCACUCCUCCUGGUCUUCAUUGCUUUACGCCAGCUGCUAUGCAUGACCGCCAACAAAUCGCAGUUGCUACUCGCCGAAAGGGCGAGACUCACCGCCAUAUUGAAAUAUUCGAUGUUGAAUUAAAUAAGUUUUACCCGAUCACUAAGUUCCUGAAUCCCAAUAUCCAUCACUACAAUCCAUUUGUUUCUCCAAACUCAGGUUUCCUCGGUUAUCACCGGUUUAGAGGUGAAUCGAGUGAUGGUGAGUCCAUGAUUCCCAAUUUGGACCAGGUUUCAUCUCCAAUUAAGGGUCUUCGAAUGCUAAGGUUGAAUGGAGCAUUCCCUUCAUUCUCUCCGUCAGGGGAUCUGAUCGCCUUCAAUCCUGACUUUGACUCGAAUGCCGGAAUAGACAUCGUGAAAUCAGAUGGGUCACAGAGGUGGACUAUCUUGAAGGGACGAACAUCAUUUUACAAUGCGUGGAGCCCCACGGAGAAGAACGUGAUCUUCACGUCAAUCGGGCCCAUAUUUAGUACUGUGAAAGCGACGGUGCAAAUCGCACGGAUCUCUUUCGAUUUACAAGGAGAAGCUGAAGUCAAGAUCCUGACUAAGGAGGAGACGGGGAACAACGCUUUUCCUUCAUGUUCACCGGACGGCAAAAGUUUGGUGUUCAGAUCAGGACGGUCGGGACACAAAAACCUCUACAUAUUGGACGCCGUGGAAGGGGAAUUUAAGGGAGACAACGGCAUUCGACAAGUAACGGAUGGCCCAUGGAUUGACACCAUGCCUAGCUGGUCCCCUGACGGCAACCUCAUUGCUUUUUCUUCCAACCGACAUAAUCCGGAUAAUCCUGAGGCUUUUAGCAUAUACGUUAUGGGUCCGGACGGGAGUAAUGUACGCAGGAUCUUCGUGGUGGGAGGUGAAGGAUCUGAGGAGGUGGAUAGGGAGAGGAUAAACCAUGUGUGCUUCAGCGCCGACGGGGCGUGGUUGUUAUUCACGGCGAAUAUAGGGGGAGUGACGGCGGAGCCGGUGUCAUUGCCUAAUCAGUUUCAGCCUUAUGGAGACCUGUACGUAUGCCGUUUGGAUGGCAGCGGGUUGCAGAGAUUGACUUGGAACGGGUACGAAAACGGAACUCCGGCGUGGCAUCCGAGUGGGUCGGGGAUGAAUAACAUUAACAAGGGAAAUGGAAAUAAAUUAUUGGGUGAAUUUGAUGAACCACUGUGGAUUGUGUGUGAUUUCUAGCUAUAUCUGGUAGUAGAAAAAUAAACGAAUCAAUGGUAUCGUGGUAUGUUUGUGUUAAUUAAUGAAUAAAAGAUCUCUAUUUCAAUGUCUU